CACCACCUGCGCCCGCGCUAAUCCUGCACUGGUGCUGUGUCCUCCUCCUCCUCGCUCCUCCUUCCGCGACCUCUGUCUGAAACCUGACCUUCUCUCUUGUCCCUUCCCUUCUCCCUCACUCUCCUCCUCCCAAUCCCUCUAUCUGUAAAUCUGUCGACUUUUCUCGGUCUCGUUGACCAGCUGAAAAGACUCGUGAGCAGACGACUCACUUGUCAUCAGGCCAACGAUUUCCAAUCGGUUUGACCUCUUCCUGCACCAGGUUAGUCAUCUUCCUGUCACGCUGCCGAUAUCACCUGCGUUUGCCCAGCCCACACCGGUUCGGCCUCAACCUCAUCCUUCCCUGCACUUCACGAUCAAUCAUUUUCAUCUUCUUUCAUCAUUCUCACCUUCACUGAUAUUCCUUUGACUGCCUCACGGUCCACCCGUGAUUCUGCUUCACUUUUCACAGAGUGGUUCACCGCCCUUGAAGGCCUGGCUGGCUAACCUUGAAGCCAAUGAUAACAGGUUGAGAUCGACACCACCAUCUACCCCCACUCACAACGAAAACAUCAAACGCUCGAAUAUAUCUCAACAAUCCCUUUCUUACUUCGAUAGCCACCUCGAACGAUCCUGCAGCCGAUUUGCUGCUCUCCUCGAUUCAAAAUGACGACAAUGGAUUUGCGUGUCGGUAACAAGUACCGCAUUGGACGAAAGAUCGGUAGCGGUAGUUUCGGCGAUAUCUACCUGGGAACAAACAUCAUUUCGGGUGAAGAGAUCGCCAUCAAGCUCGAGUCGGUCAAAGCCAAACAUCCCCAACUCGAGUACGAAGCCCGUGUCUAUAAGUCUCUCGCUGGUGGUGUCGGCAUCCCGUUCGUCCGCUGGUUCGGUACAGAAUGUGACUACAAUGCUAUGGUUCUCGACUUGCUUGGACCAAGCUUGGAGGAUCUGUUCAACUUCUGCAACCGCAAAUUCUCUCUCAAGACCGUCCUCUUACUGGCCGACCAGCUCAUCUCUCGAAUCGAGUACAUUCACGCCAAGUCUUUCAUCCAUCGUGAUAUCAAGCCCGACAACUUCUUGAUGGGAAUUGGUAAGCGUGGAAACCAGGUCAAUGUUAUUGACUUCGGUCUGGCCAAAAAAUACCGCGACCCCAAGACCCAUUUCCAUAUCCCGUACCGUGAGAACAAGAACUUGACUGGUACGGCUCGUUAUGCAUCCAUCAACACUCACUUGGGUGUCGAACAGUCUCGUCGUGAUGAUAUGGAAUCUCUGGGCUAUGUCAUGCUCUACUUUUGCCGUGGCUCUCUCCCAUGGCAAGGUCUCAAAGCUGCCACCAAGAAGCAGAAGUACGACCGUAUCAUGGAGAAGAAGAUGACCACCCCCACUGAGGUUCUUUGCCGAGGCUUCCCUAACGAGUUCGCCAUCUACCUCAACUACACCCGCUCCCUCCGCUUUGACGACAAGCCUGACUACUCCUACCUCCGAAAGAUCUUCCGUGAUCUGUUUGUCCGAGAGUCCUUCCAAUAUGACUACGUCUUUGACUGGACCGUCUACAAGUACCAGAAGAAUGCUCAGGCCAUUGCUCAGGCAGCCGGAAACCAGCCAGCCCAAGAGGAAGAGGAGAAGCCCCGCCGACACACUGGAACUGCAGCCGCUACCGGUGUCCCGACUCCGCAACACACUUCGACUCAAGGCAAGCCAGCAGCCAUUUCCAGCUCCCGCCGCAAGGUCAUCGAACGCGGCACCAGCGGCAACGACCAGGGAGGAAGUGACAGGAUGUGAGUACUGAAUACCUUAUGGUUCCGUUCUUCGACGUUAGGCUUCGUUCUGGCACAAGGAUAACCACUGGUAACGGCGAUUAUCGUUGAAACAGAAUGACGGCUUCGUGUUGUUCACACUGAACCUCUUCUCUCUCUUCUGAAGACUCUCGUCUUCUAGACAAACAACAAUUGGGCAUGUCGGAUCCCGCUCGGGGUUUGCUCUAGCACAUGGCAAAUCCGUAACGAGUGUAUGUGACACGCGGACUUUCUUAUCUUGAUGGCCUCUCUGCUCAAUACGACAUGCAAGCACCAUGAACGACAAUCUAUGACUUAUGGCAUACCAUCGAAUGCUUCAUGAGCAGAUUCUUUUGCAUGCGAUAUCAGACAUCAACAACGAAGUUUCAGCGACAUACGACCGCACAGCACCGCUCGUGCUGAACACCAAUGCAGUAAACAUGACUCUCGACAGUCUCAAUCUGCCACCCCGUCAAGGCCGGAUUUGGGUUCUUGACCUUUUUUGUUUCACAAUCACCAACGACCAAUCCUAACAUCUCAGCACGUUUUCCUUGUUUUGUUUUGUUUUUGGCUUCACAACACACGCAAAGAAAAAAAAAGAGUUCUGGUUCAUCAACGGAGGAAAGGGGAAGAGGGAAGAAGUGAAGUCCUCUGGCUCGAAACCAACGGCACGAUGCUGUGUGAGGGUGAAAUUGCAUCUCGAAGCACAGCGGUUGGGAUGGUAGGCAGAGGAGCCCAAUGGGACAUGGCGAUGGACUUGUUAGGGGCAGCUUCUGGGGAGGUUCUAUGACCAGUUAACUCGAGUGCUUUGGCAAGGCUACAUAAUUAGUGAUAAGCAAGGCAGCUUCGGCUCAGUAGCUCUUAGUCCAAAAUGAUAUCAAUGUGCUAAAA